AUGUCUAUGAGUGCGGCUAGUGCUUCUCAACAGCAGGGACAACAAGCAUCCGCGAAUGCUCAACAAUUACGAGCCGAUUGGUUUACCGCUAUAGAACGACAGCAAGGAACGCUAUUAUGCACCAAACUCGUGGCAGACAUUCUACAAAAAUCACAGGAUGUCAUCUUCCAAAAACAUAUAGACAGACAAGUCCUUCCCUAUGCUAUACAAUAUGCGAGGGAAUCAAUGCUUAAAUCAAUACAGUGGGAAUUCUUCAAAAUGGAUCCUGGAGAGACGGAUCUAUCUACUUGGGAUCCAGAUCCAGAACCUCAACCAGUCAGAAUUGACUCUUGGGCAAGAGGUGCAUUGCCCGUCAUUGAAAUGCCAGAGAAGAACAUUGUGCCGGCUCCACCACUUACUGGGGAAUCCAUGGCAUUCUUCAAUCUCAUUAAAGCUAUCGCACAUUGUAGAGGCCGAAGCAAGACGGAUCUAAGGAGUACGAAGGUGUCUCGUGCUAACCUGGCUGACAAGCAACCACCACCUCUUCCAUCUCCGCGGCUAUCAACAAGUAAACCCAAAGUAGUGGCAGCUAUUGCUCCUGCUAGAGAUGCCGAGAAAACACCAUCUAAAACGACGCCCGUUGUAGCCAGGAAGGUCCUAUCUCGUGCACCGGUACCAACAAUGAAAAAAAAGAUCACGGUGCCUCCUCAAUCCCAUAGACCUCCUGAAGCAGCCUAG